AAUUCUCAUUAAAAACUAAAAAGAAAAACAAAUCUCAUCGGCUCCUUUAAAUCCUCGCCGCACGUGAUUCCACUUCAGUGCGCAUCUGCAACCGUCCAUGUUCAUUCCCCUCCCUUUAGUUUUCCUUCUCCCUGUCCAUCCCUUGUCUCUUCCAUGCUAUGGAAGGGACCACCAAAAUCGGAGCAGAUUUGAUUAUGAACAGGAGCCCGCUGCUGUCCUUUCCGCCGCCGUCGGAGUCGCCGCUAUCGUGUUGCCGGAAUUAUUACUUUGAUUUUGAGGAGAGGAAACGGAGUAAGAAGAAUAAGAAGAAGAAGGAUGGAGAUGGGAGGAGUUGCGACCCACUGGAGGUGCUGGGAUGGGAUAUAAUGAUGAAGAUUAUGAGUAAUUUAGACGCACGCAGCGUGGCACUUUCUCUCACUGUUUCUCGCUCUUGGAAUUCCCUUGCUUCUAGUGAUCGGCUCUGGUCUUCUAAGUGUGAGGAACUGUGGCUUGGAAAAGCUCACAUACCUCGAUUGUCACAGGUUCGGGGAAUUUCCAAGUUGGCUGCAUAUUCACUAUCUGUUAUGGAUGCAAAACGGACUCGUAUCAUGAGGGAUGACCUGUGUGAUCAUGUCUGGGAGUUCCAUUUUACUGAGGUGGCGCCAGAAUAUUGGAAAAAUCUCGACCCAUAUUGGAGAGGCACGAGCCCUCUUAUGCACCGAUACUUCCAUCAAGAUGGAAGCCAAACUGCUGAUCCUGGCGAUAGGGUAUGGGGUGGGCAUGAAUGCUGUUUUUCAGUCGUAACUAGUUGCUAUUAUGAUGGGACAAUCAGGGAGCAUUAUGUUAGAAUAAACCGAUGGCCAGGACUGUCUGUGUCGAGAAAACAGGAUUGGAGCUGGGAAAUGUCUAACCACCUCUUCUGCUACUCCAGUAUACCUGAUGCUUACAAAGAAGGUGGGACUGGGCCUGUUUUCUUGGUUAUGUGAAUAUUUCUCUGCAAAAUUAUAAAUUUUCUCAGUUAUUUGGGUUGUUCAAGUUAUGUUUAUACUGAUGUAAUAAUGUAGUGAAAACUAGGCAUGCUUUUUUAGGAUGGUAUUAAUUUUUUGUACAUGGUAUCUGCAGGGUAAAACUUCUUUCAGUUGAUUUGAUUGUUUAUAUUUGCAAUUAGGAUAAAGAAAAAGGAUUGUUCCUAC